GUAUUUAAAUCGAUUCUAUACUAGAAAAGGUUUUAAAAUGGCGAUUAAGGAGAAAAAGUCAAAGGAGGCCGUCGCAAGAGCCGCCAUGGCCAGUGGACGCGCCAAGAAGAAGAAGUGGGUCAAGGUCAAGACCAGAGACAAGUUGAACAACUCUGUCAUUUUUGACAAGGCCACCUAUGAUAAGCUCUUGGCUGACAUUCCCAAGAACAAGCUCAUUACCAUCUCUUCCAUUGUUGAGCGUCUCAAGGUCAAUGGAAGUUUGGCAAGGCUGGCCAUCAAGGAGUUGGAAGGCAAGAACCUCAUCAAGCCAAUUUGUGAGCCACAUCAUGCGCAGCUACUUUACACCAAAGUCUAAGAUUGCUCUGGCCUAAGUAUUUUGCAGCAUAC